ACAUGUAGCAUUAGCACUGCACUACUGCAGACCAAAACACGUUCGUUGUGUUCAUCUUCCUAAAGUUCCUAGAUGUAGUUCAUGUGCUUCGUUUGAUUCCUCGGGAAAUGCGACAACAGCCUUUGCACCCUAGUCGAAGUGCACUCAUGAAGAGGACAUUUGUACCAAUAACUUUUUUGCCGCUAUAAAACAUUAGAUUUGCCUCAUCUUUACAGAACUCGAGUCGAGACGAUCGAACCGAACCCAUCCCGUCUGAGUGACAAUCUAUGAAUGAGCAACCGGAACUGAACGUUGUGCGGUAUGCCACAGCCGAAUGACUGAAUUUCUUCCCUUCUGAUGACUCAGUUAGUCAGAUUUCUUGUAGUGUUCAACUUGAUACACCCAUCUCCAGAUAGAAAGAUGUGCCCGUUCAGCUGGUUUGCGAGCGCUACAGUUUUCAUCAUUACAUGUCUAACGGUCGUUCCCAUGGUAAAUGGCCAAUUCAACAUCACAGAGCCUGGCAGACGGACGCACAUCUAUGGACAGGAUUUUGUGGCGGUGAUACCCCUGACUACUGGUUUGCCAGAAAGCGGUUCAUCUCUUCAGAUUGCUUGUGUUUCAUGUCAAAGUUCAUCUGCCACAGUUCGCAUCACCUUUCUACAAGGAAACUUUUCUGAAAAUGUUACCGUUCAGGCUACAUCUCCACACUUUGUUCCUCUAAGCAUUUUCGAACUUGAACCCUUGGCAACUACAACACCACCAACGCCGGCUAUGUUUAACAUCACAGCCGAUGAAAACAUAACCGUGACAGUCCUUGUCAAGAUUGCUGGUACCCUGAAUGCGUACACCGCUUUCCCCGUAGACUCCCUGGAUGGAUAUUACAUCGUAGCUUCUUAUGGAAUGCACGAUGAAGAUGUGUCAGAACUCACCGUCAUCGCUACUGAACCAGAAACACAUUUUAAUUUGCACCCAUACAGUGAUGUCACCAUUCUCGGUCAUGAGGAUUUGCCAGCAACGGCACAAAUUCAGCGAGGAAUUGGGGGAUGGGUGACGUAUCAGACAAAUGACAGCUUCAUGGGGGGUCAUCUGCAAGAAGUGACAAACAAACCACUCAUUGGCAUUGUAGGAACACACCGUGCAUCCGCGGAGUAUGGUUGGGCUCAAUCACUAGAUCAGCUGCACCUGCUAGUAUCCUUAGGGACAAUGUACGCUGUAAUGCCAGUUGCUGGAAAUCAUCUCCGAAACAUCUUCCGCAUUGUACCCGUCUGGGAAAAUACCAACAUCACUUGGAUUUCAUGGCAUCAGUCAAGCGGGAAGUAUCGUCACGAAAGCUAUAUACUCAACAGUGGCCAUGUUUUGGAUCUUACCUUUGAUUCCAAUAAAAUCGGGCAAAUUCAAGGCUCCAAACCAUUCCUGUUGCUCCACCAUAUUCAAUUAGGGACACCCGUUGUGGACACCGCACUGGUAACCGUACCACCAGCAGAACAGUUCACGCGUCAAUCUUUCACAUUCGCAACGUAUGAACUGCCGGACAUAGAAGUAGACACCUACAUCACCACAUUGGCGCCUUGCAAGUAUUUUGAACAGAUUUCUCUCAAGAACAUGGCUGGUUCUGCCUCUGUUUUGGAUUUUGAGAAGACCUCAGGCACUGAAGAUGGGUUGGAGUACUGCGGGUCAAUCAGACAGCUGGAGUCUGGUGUAUACACGAUAGGUCUAUAUCCACACAGUCCAUCAGAAGCUGUGUACUCCGCCAUACUCUACGGCAAGACAGCAUCUGGCGUCUUUUCUUACAUCCUUGCCUCUGAACUCAACCAAGUCACUUGUAGUGUAAAGGACACAGAACCUACUCUUUGCCAUCCUCCAACAGUGCCCAUCCAGCCUGCAUCAACUGUCCAAACUCAAACUGUAACUGACAUGACUGAUGCAACUGAUGUAACGAUUGAGACUUCAACGACCCCUAACAAAGAUAAGAGCACUGGCAAUGGCACAGUUAUUGGAGUGGUCAUUGCAGUCGUCAGCAUCGUUGUAGGAUUGAUCAUUUUUGGUUGCUGUCUAUUUAAACACAGAUUGCUGUACAGUAAACUCCGGCUAAGUCGGCACUCUCAGGACCUGAGAAUUUGUGAUGACUUAAGCGAAUCCAGACAUCUGCUUGGGCGCUGGAAGCGCUUAGACGAGUCGGAGUAUUUGGAGGAUAAUCCCCUCAGACAAAAUGUCAGAAUGCACACCAUAACCGAUGCAGUGUCUGAUGGAUUGUGAAUUGGUAUCAACUUAGAAUCUAAGCUUUUUACAUAUGUACAACUGAAAGUAAAACACUUUAUUUCAGUUUGAGAAGGUUCAUUUGA